AUGGCUGAUGAUCACGGCGAGCCGAAGAACUGUUUGGUGACGGGUGGAUGCGGGUCUAUCGGCUCGAAUUUCACCAAUUUAUCCACAACAAAUGGUCGUCUACCAACUUCAGUGGCUGAUGGCGGACGUUCCAAAUUUAUCCACGCCCGCCUCAACGACCAGAAAACCCUAAACAAAGUCCUCUCUGAAAAUAAUAUUGACACCGUAAUCCAUUUCGCGGCCAUUACCCACGUUGAUGAUUCAUAUGCUGAUCGGAUAGGCACGAUCCAGGAAAAUAUUAUUUCCACCACAACGCUUCUCGAAUCGAUUGUGAACAGCCAAUACAAGGGUGUGAAAAGGCUGGUCCACAUUUCCACAGAUGAAAUUUACGGGGAUUCUUCGGAAUCUGAUACGACACCAAAGACAGAGACAACACUGCCAAAUCCCACCAAUCCAUAUGCAGCCAGUAAGGCGGCAUGCGAGCUGAUUAUUCAGGCUUACAAUCCGUACUCAUUGAUGGGUGAUGGAAAACAUUGCCGCUCAUGGAUGUAUGUUUCUGAUUGCUCAGAGGCCAUUCGAAGGGUAACCGAAUCGGGCAAGGUCGGCGAGGUGUACAACAUCGGCACCGAAUUCGAGAUGACGAAUAUUGAGCUGACAAAGAAAAUUCAUGCCAUCGUCAACAAACUACAGAAUCGUGAUCAAAACGAACCUACUUUCACUCCAAUCCCUGACCGGCCAUAUCACGAUCGAAGAUAUUUCAUUGAUUUUGGCAAAAUCAAGAAUGCUUUUUGGAUGGCAAUGCACAACCCCAUUCGA